AUGGCCGAGGCCGUCGGGCUGGCCGCGCCGCCGCCGACCCUCGGCCUCCAAACCACACCACCGCCGGACGUCGCCGCCGACGCCGCGCCGGUGCUCGCGGUCGCGCCGCCCCUCGCGGCGCCGGCGCCGCCGGCCGCCGACUCCGCGACGAAGGCGCGGCGCGCGUCCGGCGCGUCGUCCGCGGGCGACAGCGCCAAGAAGAAGCGCAAGCGCGGCGACUGGAAGGAGUGCACGAACUGCGACAGCAAGCACGGCAUGCGCUACGGCUACAUCCGGGACCAGAAGGUCUGCCUCGUCGCGUGCGACAAGUGCAAGACCAAAGGGAUGAAGGACAUGACGCGCGCGCGUAAAACGGCGUCGAGAACGUCCGUCUGCUCCUGCGGCAGCGGCAAGGACGCGCGCUACGGCGAGAAGGGCUCGCCCGCGACGAACUGCGUCGAGUGCAAGGACGAGGCGAUGGCGAGUACGGGCAAGACGCUGGUCAAUUUGCGGCCGUCCACGGGCCUCUGCACCUGCGGCUCGGAGAAGGUGAAGCGCUUCGGCUACGCGCGGCCCGAGGACGACCCGGCGUCCGGCCACGGCAGCGCCAAGGCCUUCGCGGCGUCGACGCUGUCGUAG